UGUACAACUCUUAAGGCGGGGUAUUACAGGCGGUCUGUCAUCGCGAUAAGUGCACGGCUAUAAAGUCUAGACCUAGUACUUCCCACUCUUUCCACACAGCUUUCACCCAGCAGAGGGCGAGACGUCAAUAAGAUUCUAACACUGUCUCAUUCACUAAAUUCAGAGAUGGCAGCAGGUGAAGCUCGCAUUGGGAAACUGGCCCCUGACUUCAAAGCAACAGCUGUAAUGCCAGAUGGUCAAUUCAAGGAACUCAAAAUCUCCGACUACAGAGGAAAGUAUGUGGUCUUUUUCUUCUACCCAAUGGACUUCACCUUCGUGUGUCCCACCGAGAUCAUUGCCUUCAGUGACGCUGCCGAGGAGUUCAGGAAGAUCGACUGCGAAGUCAUCGGCGCUUCUGUGGACUCUCACUUCUGCCACCUUGCCUGGAUCAACAAGCCCCGCAAGCAGGGUGGUCUGGGCCCCAUGAAGAUCCCAUUGGUGGCUGACGCGCUGCACUCGAUCUCCAAGGCCUACGGCGUGCUGAAGGAAGAUGAAGGCCUAUCCUACAGGGGGCUGUUCAUCAUUGACGAUAAGGGCAUCCUGAGGCAGAUCACUAUCAACGAUCUGCCGGUGGGUCGUUCGGUGGAGGAGACUCUUCGCCUGGUGCAGGCGUUUCAGUUUACGGACAAGCACGGAGAAGUGUGCCCCGCCGGCUGGAAACCAGGAAGCGACACCAUCAAGCCAGAUGUCCAGAAGAGCAAGGAGUUCUUCUCCAAACAGUAACGGGCAGACCCGAGUCUUCUCCAAACGACCGUUAGACCUUAGCAGUCCUAAAAUCUGUAGGUGAAAUGGCACAGUUGCUUGCAAACAGGGUAUUGUGUAUGUGAUUUCCAUUUUGAAUAUGUGCCUAGUUACUGCUCAGUGAGCCCUUGAGACCUGAAGGUGGUGAUCAAAGCGAUUAUCACCACGUUCGGUGCAGCGUUGGAGAUUUAGAUCCAUGAGCCUGGUUCAGUUAUGUCCUGUGUAGAUAUGUCCAGAGUUACGUAACAUUAGAUAUUUCUUCAGUGCUUGCCGUUGUGGCUUCAUAUGUUGAAAUACAAUUUUGACACACACAAAACCCUACAUUGUAUCAGUGUUGGGAGACCAAGUCGGACCAAGUCACUGCAAAAAAAAAAUGGUGUAAUUUGGCUCUUUUCCCUCCAUCCGGUAUUGCACUGUGAAGCAAAUGUGCAGUUGUUUUGUAAGUUGUCUUUUUCAUGAUUGUAAUAAAGGAUAAAAACAGUA